CGCGCGGCUCCCCCCGGCGGCGGGAGAGGGACCGGGAUAGUGACCGGAGGGACAGGAGGGUGACCGUGGGGACCGGGAGAGUGACCGUGGGGACCGGGAUAGUGACCGGAGGGACCGGGAGUGACCGCAGGGACCGAGAGUGGCCGCAGGGACCGGGCCGUCCGCGUCCCCACCCCCGGCAGCGCCAUGUCCACCGCCAUGAACUUCAGCAGCAAGAGCUUCACGGCGCGGCCGCCGGACAAGGGCGCGUUCCCGCUGGAUCACUUCGGGGAGUGCAGCGCCUUCAAGGAGCGCUUCAUGGAGUGUCUCCGGCACAGCGGCUACGAGAGCGCGGCCUGCCGGCAGAGCGCCAUGGCCUACCUGGAGUGCCGCAUGGACAGGCAACUUAUGGCUAAUGAACCACUGGAAAAAUUGGGAUUUAAAGACCUGAUAAAUGAAAAAUCAGAAGAAAAACCUGAAAAGUCGUAGUGAAGACAGACAGCUUUGCUCCUCAUGAAGGGAAAGCAUAACUCUGAAUGUAGUACAUAUUGUACGUUCUGUUCGUAUUGCAACAGGAAGUGUUUCCUGAAAGAACCUUUUCUCCAAAGUUUAAUUUUCCUAAAAUAAGGUUUUCCUUUAAAUGAGCAAAAGUACUGCCUUUGUCUGCUUUGCUCAAGUAUUUCUUAACUUCUUUAUUUUAAUUUCUCUAGUGGCAAAACAGUUACAGCCCAAGGUGUUCUCCGUUCUCUGUAAGAACAGUGAAGUCUUUAAGAGGACAAAAACCCAAACCAAGCAAUCCUUUGUUGUGUAGGUCUUGAACUACUGAUUAAUCUUCUGUGGGCAGUACUGAUACGCUCACAGCAGUUUGCCAGGUGGAAAUAAAGCUGUUGUACUUUAAAAUUGCUUUUUAUUAAAUACUGGCAUUAGUCCCCAUCCCUGGGGUGAUCUCACCCUGCUAUGGAAGACAUUGGGGUCAUGUGGGGGUACUUGGAGUGCGGUGUUUUUUCAGUCAUUUCAUCUUCCAUCAUUGUUGGGAAAGUGUUUUUAGUUCCAGACACCAGUCAGGGAGUGAUUCUGCUUUUAUUUACCAUGCUAGCAGUGUUCACCUAUUUUUUUCAUCAUUUAACUUGGAAUAGUGAUAUUUCUCUUGCAUGUUCUAGUGCAGUUGAAGUCUUUCUUAAUUGAUGUUGAGUUCAAGCAGAAAAAAAAAUGGCCUGUUAGCCCCCUGGAAAUGUGUUUCAAGCAGGCAAUAAAUUUGUAAAUCUUCUGGAUGUGUCUCCCAGUGUAUGUUCUGCCCUUUUAUCCCUGCUGCUUUUGUGUUUGUUUUUAACCCAGUGAAUCAUUUCUCUGUGUAUCUGGCUCUCUCUGCCAAGACAGUUCUCUAACUCCUCACUCUUUAUUUAGUGUCCCCUCUCUGAUACAUCUCACCUCCCCUGCUGUCUGCUUUUGCUUCUGCCUCUCUCCACUGUGCAUCUGCUCAUACCGGCUUCCAGGAGAGGGUGAAAGAACAUUUUCUGCUCUUCAUACUGAUCAUUGGGGCUGAGAUUUAAAUUGUUGCUCUGUCUAAUCUGAUGGAACAGAGUGCACAUAGCUCAGAGCAGGUUCCUGUUUGAAAAGGACAUUUGCCUGCUGCUGCAUAUUUUUAUUCCACUUCAUUCUACUGUUCAAAUUAUAUCCUUUGGUGAGAUUAGUACAUUUAUAGGAAAGAAAGCAGAGAUUGUAUUGCUGCAAGAGAUACUAAAAGACAUUCUAUUAAACCA